AUGGGCAGUGGUGGUUCCUCAGGCAGGGAGGAGCGGCUGCCAUCAGUGGCUGAAGAACAGCUGAGUGGAGGGGAUCAGAUGCUAGAGCUCUCUGGGCGCCACCUGAGGAAGCUGCCGACGCCGGUGUGUGCCCUGAGCACUCUGCAGAAGCUCUACAUCAGUGGCACGGGGAUCACAGAGCUGCCUGACGAGAUUGGGGGGCUACAAGAGCUGCGCAUUCUGGCCCUGGACUUUAACAAGCUGGAGGAAGUGCCUGAAACCUUGUGCCGCCUUCCCCACUUGACUCGGCUCUAUCUGGGCAGCAACCGCCUCUUUGGCCUCCCUGCGGAAUUCUGUCAGCUCAAGACUCUCCGUUGCUUGUGGAUUGAGAGCAAUUAUUUGUACCACUUUCCCCAGGUUCUCCUCCAGAUGCCCGAACUGCAAUCCUUGCAAAUGGGAGACAACCGUCUCAAAACCUUACCAAGUGGCCUGCCACGCAUGAAGGGUCUUCGAGGACUUUGGUUGUAUGGAAACCGUUUUGAGGAGUUUCCAAAUCCUUUGCUUCGCAUGAGUCAGCUUCACAUUCUUGAUGUUGACCGUAACAAGCUGACUGAAUUCCCUGACUUGAGUCACCUGCGGAGGCUACGGCUUUUCUCCUAUGACCAUAAUCCAGUUGAAGCACCACCCAGUGUGGCUGACACUGUCUUUGUAGUGGGUGAGGGAGCACAGGAAUUCAUGGAGGCUAGGGAAGAACGUCUCCAGGCUCUUCGACAGCAGAAAGCAGAAGAGCAGGAAGAGAAUGAAUCUGAAGUUCUACAACCCAAUAUGAAAAAUGAUUCUACUGUAUUGGAGGAAGAGGGCAGCUUUUCUGCUCUGGAAUGCUCUCCUGAGGAGACAUGA